UACAAGGAAAGGAAAGCAUGUUAGAGUAGCCAACCUUUUUCAGCCUCUUUUGCCUUCUCUAAAGAAAUCUUUGGAAAAAAUCCAAAGCCAAAACAUCUAGGAACAGCCUCAGAUUUGCCUAAAACAGUCUGGAGCGUUACCAUGAUGAUGUUGACGAGGCCCUUAGGAUAACGUGAUAAACUCGUGAAUCCGCUGAUUAAAAGCCGAACUGAUCGCCUCUGCAGUGCUACGCAGAGGGACGCAGAGGUUCAAACAGAGUGAGUUAGUGCAGAGCGUAGAACUUCCAAAGUAGAGUUCAAUCAUGGCCAAGGCAGAAGAAGAUCGUUUCUACUCAGAGAGGCUCCUUACUUUGAAUCCCAGAUCUACGGAUGAAUACGUUAAAGGCAUUUAUGAUGAAUGGGCAGACACAUAUGACAAGUCUACAGCAGAAGCAGGAUAUAUCGCCUACAAGACUUGCCCUCCAAUCUUCGACCAAUUCGUGCGUGAAAAUUUUAGCAGUAACCCAUCCAAGUUGCGAAUACUCGAUGCUGGUGCUGGUACUGGAAUUGUGGGUAAGGUCCUUCAGAAUCUUGGAUACACGAAUGUCGACGCCCUGGACAUCUCGCAGAAGAUGCUAGACGAAGCGAAGAAGUUAAACGUGUAUAAAGAGUUUAUCUGUGCUCCGCUGAGCGCCGAACCGAUAGCGGAGAUAGCAACAAACCAAUACGAUGGGUUAAUCUGUAUUGGCACCCUUACAAUCGGUCACGUGAAACCAGUUGCUCUGGACGAGAUUCUGCGUAUUGUCAAACCAGGUGGUAUCAUUGGGUUUACUCUUCGUAGAGACGCCUACGAAGAAUCUGGCCCCGAAAAGUGUGGCUACCGUGAAAAAAUGAGUGAGAUGGAGACAAGCAAGAAAUGGAAACUCCUAAGAUGCGAGUUCAUUGAUUAUCAUCUGAACGUGGAUGAACUGCGAGCCAAAUGUUACUCCUUAAUGUAUCAAGUUUUAUGAGUAAAGGAACGAUAAAUAGAUACGGAUUAUUCUCUAUCUCUAACGGUGAAGUUAAAAACCACUAUUUUCCAUGAUUCAGGGGCAUGAAGCAGUCAGGACGAAAAUUGCGAGGAAGACGUUGAUUGUACCUUUAAAUGAAUCCCUUAUUUUAAUUAGUUUUGUCUCGUCUUCGUUGCCGUCUCUGUCGUGGUUUGUUUAAGGUCCCUUGUAUGAAUACCACUGGGAAAGAAAUGAUUCAGCACAUAAAUAAAAAAUUCUUCUGGGAGCGAA